UCUGUCAUUUACGUGCCAGUUAUAUUCUGUGUGGCUUUUGUAACGACUCAUCUCGACGGGACUGCUUCUCUACCAGGGCUUGUAAAUGAAAGAUUAAACUAGAGAAGGGAAUCAUUACGGUCAAGCGAUUGCUAUACGGAUACCUUGGUCUACUCCUGUAUAUCAUGGCGUGUUUUGUCGCCACACUCGGUGUCAUCAUUCUGUCGGGAUUCAUCAACCUCACGGCAGCAAACAAGGACACUUGUGAUUUUCAUGCUGUGGUUGGACAGAGUCUAACUCUGCCGUUUGUCUAUGAGGGACUGGCAAACUCACAUGUGCUGAAAUGGACUCAUAAUAGCACGAUGAUUUUAUACAAACAACAAGGCAAAUUGUCUGUUGGAAAGUCGGAGGACAUAUCUACAACUGGAUCUCUUUUGCUGAAGAACCUACAAUUCUCAAGUGCAGGGGCGUACCAAGCAACAGUGAUGAAUCCCAACGGUACUCUGGCUAAAACGUGGACUGGUCGUCUCUGUAUGAUGGACAAGGUAUCAAAACCUCAACUCAGCUACAUUUGUGACCUCAAGUCUGGUGCUGUUAAUCUAAAUUGCCUCGUAGCUAAACCUCAGGGUUUGGUGUUCUCAUGGACCCUCAAUGAAAAGACCUUGACCAGCGAAACAAGACAAACCCUGAGCAUAUCGCUGGCACAGCUGAAAGGGGAGAGGAGCUUUACAUGUAGUGUGGCAAACAGAGUCAGCAAGGAGAAGAGUGACACUGUCCGGCCAGCAUGUACAAGUCCAGCACCACCAUCAAUCUGUUUUACAUCCAAAGCUGUUUUGGCAGUGCUAGCAGGAGGAGCAGGUCUGAUUCUGUUGUUGCUCAUCUUAAUCACCGUGUUAUGUUGCUGCAACAUACGCAUUAAAAACCAAAUGCGACGCAGGGAUGAAGGGGAGAUGAGAAUGCUUUCUCUAAACAAACGAGAGCCCGACUUCAUCAGCCAAGAUUAUGAGACUCUGCACCCGACUGAGGACUCUCCACCACUGAGGCACAAUUCUUCACCCAGAUCCUGUUACGAGAACGUUUCUCAGCCUGAAGCUCAGACUGAAAACAGAUCCUUACAGCUAUCCACAGCUGCCGAAGGACAACCUUCACCUGUGCCGAAGCCGAGGACGAAGAGCCCCCAGACAGCAAACAUCUGAAUCUACCUCCCUCUCUUACCAUCCUAGGAACUUGUGAAAAUGUAGACAAAGAUGCAUAUUUCUUUUAGCUUUGUAACAUACAACUGAACCAAAAUGAAGAAAAUCGUUCAAGAAAUUUCUUUUUCAUGUCCACAAUUAUAACCUACACUUUCUUUAUCUCUGUAAUAUUCCAGCAUAUAGCUAUCAUGACAUGCUGUGUGCGUGGGAGGCAGAAUUUGAAGCAGUGUUCAUUUACCCAACAACUUUAAAUGGGAUAUCAUGGCUUAUCUAUGUUGAAGUUUUGUUAAUUUUUUUAAUUUAGCCUUUAUAGUGGUGGGGGUAAAUGGUUGGUGGGGAAUAUAAGGAGAACAGUUCUUAUUUGUUGAUGUUACUGAUGGUCUUACCAGCUUUUUUAUGACUUAUCUGCAGAGUCAAUGUACUUAUAAAUGUGUCUUAUAAAUAAAGCAAUUUCCUAACAGAAAGGGAGGUUUGUCUAAACUAUUUGAUAUCGUAGAUUUAAGGAUAUGGCUGGAUGAUAUUCUAUAUAUUCUUAUUGUUAACAAAUCCCAUUUUUUCUUUCAACACUUUCAACACUUUCCAAAAUGUGUUAAGCCUGUCUGUUGCAAUUAGCCACAAGCUCAUUGUUUCUAAGUGAAGAGAUAAAUCUUUAAAAAAAAAAAACAUAUGAAUGUAAACAUACAUUUAAAAAAAGAUAAAACAUUUUCCAAAACAGCUGGGCACUGUAGUUUUUAACAAAUGUUUCUCAAACAAGAAUGAGUUGCGUAAUUGUUGGGUACUUAGUACAGUGGCGGAUUAAUAUAUAUUUGGUGCUUUUUUAUAAUUCGUCGACAACAAUGGUCAAUGGCUCAGAGGCUCAAGUGAUUUCAGACUUUUAA